AGCAGCUCUCAGGUAGCAGCAGCUGCAGAACAUACGCGUAUCGCAUGUCGGGUAGAGGACGGCUCAAGAGCCCACUACCAAGCAGUCUUUUAAACUAUUUUGUAAGCUAACCUGCGUGUUGUGCACGAAUAAGACAUCUAGUUUUGUUUGAGGCUAGUGUUGUGGUUUCGGGAGGUCGUAGAAAACUGAUUUGUGCAGAUUUUGUGUGAAAUAAAAGAAACAAAUUGAACGAAACUGGGGGCCAGCACUGUGCCAACAAUUGUGUCAAUAAAGCGACGUAGGCAAAUCUAAAGAUGAAAACCACCGAAAUUUCAUGAGCUUCCUCACGUAUUUUUAGUGCGGUUACUUCUGACGGUGGUGGUGCGGUAAUAAAUCUGGUUCUUGCUCACAGUACGAAUAAUAAGGUGCAAGUGCAGUGAAGUGGAAAGCGCUGUCACCGUGCUAAACGAAUAAGUAAAUAAAACAGGGUAUAGUAGCUGUAAAUUUUUUAGUGCUUCGUGUCACGACUAGCUGAUGCUAGAAAUCACACUUUCCUGGUACGGGAAAACGGAGUUAUCUAUGCCGAGCAAAGUGGGAAACAUCCAUAUGGUAGCCCCAACUCUGGUUCUCCUAUCUGUUGCGCUGCUGUCAAAGUUGGCCAAUGGAUUGGUGGACAGCAGCAUCAGCAGCAGCGACAGCAACACCGUCGAUACCGUUUAUUCGGUGGGACGGUUUCCAUUCCUAAUGCCAAAGGUGAUACCGUACAGGCCGGAACUGUACCUCUGCACGCCCGUUAAGGUGGACUACAGCAAAAGUUAUUACAUAGUUGGGUUCGAGCCAAAUGCUACGAUGGCCACGGCGCAUCACAUGCUGCUGUACGGAUGUGGAGAUCCUGGCUCCGAGUCUGCCGUGUGGAACUGUGGCGAGAUGGUGAAAAGCGACGACGUCAAGGAGGAAAUCGGCAGCCCAUGUGCCACCGGGUCUCCCUCGCAAAUCAUCUAUGCCUGGGCCCGUGAUGCGCCGAAGCUCGAGCUGCCGGACGGUGUGGGCUUCAAGGUUGGAAAGGAUUCUCCUAUCAAGUACCUCGUGCUGCAGGUCCACUACGCUCAUAUCGACAAGUUCAAAGAUGGUACGAGCAGUGACGACUCGGGAAUAUUCUUGCACUACACGUUGAAACCAAUGCACAAACAGGCGGGAGUCCUACUGCUCGGGACCGGUGGUUACAUUCCACCGAUGAAGAUCGAACACAUGGAAACGGUAUGCGACAUCCGUGAGAACAAAACCAUUUACCCGUUUGCGUACCGGACGCAUACGCACAGUUUAGGCAAGGUCGUGUCUGGCUACCGAGUGCGAGCUGAUGAAGCCGGUCAAGACCAUUGGACACUUCUGGGUAAACGUGACCCACUGACACCACAGAUGUUCUAUCCAGUGGAGAAUACCGAACCAAUCCGCUACAAGGACCGCAUGGCGGCCCGCUGUACGAUGGAGAGCAAUAAGAAAAUCGUCACCAAUAUUGGCGCAACCAACAAUGAUGAAAUGUGCAACUUCUACUUAAUGUACUACGUUGAGAAUAGUGAACCCCUGCAGAUGAAGUACUGCUUCAGCAAUGGACCUCCGUACUUCUACUGGCACAACAAGGACGCCGAGCUCAACAACAUUCCCGAUUACGAGGCAAGCCAUCUGUAAAAUGGAAUUUUGAAUUUAGAUUCCAGUGUAAAAAGUCCCACUGGCAUUGAGCAUCACGAAAUGACGACCGUGUAUCCUAUUCACCGGCUGCUAAAUCUAUACUAUUUCCCUAUACCACAAAUGACGUGCAGUUCAAUUUUAGCUCUACUCUUACGACAAGGAAAAAUCAAACUUUCGAACCAUAUCAGCAAAGAAAAACAAAACGUUUUAAACAAUGGCAGCUCGAAUGUCUUAUCACAUGGAAUCUGAACGUUUUAAGGACAAACAUUCAUUAUAGUCUAGUCACAAAGCACUGCUACUGGCAAAAUGGGAACAUAUUCACAGAAAAAAAAAACUAUUUAUUGUCAAUCUAAUCUGCAAUCCUUUUGUUUUCACUUACCCCCCGUAAGCUCAAUUUUUAGUUGUUCGCCAAGUGCGUGUCCGUGCACGUACUGAAAUAAAGCAACAAAUUAAAGUAGAACCGAUGGUACAACUAUACUAUGCUAGCUGUGAAACGACAGUUAUCGCGUUGACGUUUGGAUUAAUGGAUGAUGGUAGUAGAGAAUGUUGCGAUUUUUUAUAUAUUUAUCUGAAUCGUUUAGGAUUACAAUUGUUUCAACUUAAUAAACCAACAGUGCUGUGAAAUAGAAAGACGUUGUCAGGAAUUGUUGAGUACUUAUUGUGAAAACUUUCGUUAACUUUAAAGCACAAAAAAAUCACUCCUGUUUCUCUGGACUUCUCUAUCUCUCUUUGUAAAUAACUCAUGCAUAUUAUAUCAUGACUGGUUCAAUUAUAUAGCCGAGAUUUUAUGGUCGCCAACCGGGUGGAGAAUAUAUAUCGCUAGUAACUGAUGAGAAAAAAUGAAAAAUGAAAUGUAUGAGAAAAAAGGUUCAAAAAAAAUAAUACUGGGAACAUAGAAAAAAUCACCUUAGACAGUCUGAAGCUUCUAGACGGCUUGUCCUGCGCGUCCCGGAACAACACAGUGAAUAUAAUUCAAAUUGCAAAGCAAAUCAAACCUCUCCGAAGAUCGUCUGGAAGCAGGAGACGGAAGGGAAGCAUCACACAAUUCAAUGAUAGAUUAUAAACUAUAGUAGAAUGAAUUCCCUCUGCAGUGGUAUACAUCUUAAAUAGUAACUCCUCCACGCAAUAGCAAAUUUGUAUGAGAAUAAUAACUAAAGCGCAGAGGUUCCUUCAUUCCUCUGGGCCUGAAAUGAUUGUAACAUAAUUGACUGUUGUGCAACGUGAAAUAACACUCUUACAAAAAAAAAAAAAGAAAGGAUAGUAUCUACUGUUGAGACAUGGAUAGCGCAGGUGUGGAGCCGAUGCAGAAACUGAAACUCGCAUCGGGUCGAAAUUUAGUCUCUUUCGCGGGAAGGUGUGUGUAGUUUGGCGCAUACAUAUAAUAUUAUAUACAUACUGAAAACAUGAAUACCGUAUAUAUAUAUAUGAAACACAAUAAAAGAUCUAGUAUUCAUAUUCAUAA